AUGUCUCUUACAGAAAGUAAGAAGCGCCUGGCCCUGGCCAUUAUCGACUUUCUCGGCUCCAGCCUGAAGGAUGGAACUCUGACCGCAGAUGAUGCCGAAUCUAUUGAGAUUGCCCAAUCCUGUAUCGCCGACACAUUCAAGGUUGACCCUACUGAUAACGCCGCUGUGAAGGAUGCUGUUGGUGGACAGUCCUUGGCCAACAUCUACAGUGUUUACGAGAAGCUGCGCAACAAGUCGACCCCACAGCCAGCCAGUACUGGUGCUGAGAAAUCUCAAGAUGAUAAGCCUGCUGCCGGUACACCUACUGCUGAGUCCGAUAAGCUGAAGUCUGAGGGAAAUGCUUUCAUGGCUCGCAAGGACUACACCGCUGCUAUUGAACAAUACACCAAGGCCCUUGAGAUUGCCCCCGCCAACACCAUUUACCUUUCAAACCGCGCCGCCGCUUAUUCCGCAUCCGGUCAACACGAGAAGGCUGCUGAUGAUGCUGAGCUCGCCGUUGCCGUGGAUCCCAAGUACUCCAAGGCAUGGAGCCGUCUGGGCCUCGCCCGCUUCGAAUUGGCCGACUACCAUGCUGCUAAGGAGGCAUAUGAGAAGGGUAUUGAGUCGGAGGGCAAUGGUGGUAGCGAAGCCAUGAAGCGUGGUCUGGAGACCUGCAAGCGCAAGAUUGAUGAGGCCAGCCGUGAGAGUGAGCCCCCAUCCGAGGAGUUGGAGACUGCCUCUGGUGCCUCCCGUGGCGCUGGUGGUAUGCCCGACCUUUCGUCGCUUGCUAGUAUGCUUGGUGGUGGUGGCCAAGGUGGUGGCAGUGGUGGUAUGCCUGACUUGGGCUCUAUGAUGAACAAUCCUAUGUUUGCCAACAUGGCCCAGAACCUAAUGAGUAACCCGGAUAUGCUGGGCAACCUUAUGAGCAAUCCACGUCUCCGCCAGAUGGCCGAAAGCUUUGGUCAAGGUGGUGGCAUGCCUGACAUGUCUAGCCUGAUGAGUGAUCCUAACAUUGCUGAGAUGGCUCGAAACUUUAUGGGAGGUGGUGGUGCCGGUGGUGCCGGUGCUGGAAAUGGCUCGAAAUAA